AUGUUUAUAUUUUUGAAGCGCCCUGUUGUUGUAACUGCAGAGAUCAACUUGAAUUUAGUGGCUCUGACGGUGAUGGCUUUGUUGAGUCGACUGUGGAAAUUGUCUUAUCCACGGGCAGUAGUUUUUGAUGAAGUCUACUAUGGGCAAUUCGUAUCUCUUUACAUGAAGCAGGUAUUCUUUGUGGAUGGUAGUGGACCUCCACUUGGCCACAUGUUGCUUGCUUUUGGAGGUUAUUUGGGAGGAUUUGAUGGAAAUUUUUUAUGGAACAGAAUUGGAGCAGAAUACAGUAAUAAUGUGCCAGUGUGGUCCUUGCGCCUGUUGCCAGCUCUAGCAGGGGCUCUUUGUGUCCCUUUGGCUUACCAAAUUGUAUUGGAACUCAACUUUUCCCACUACACUGCUCUUGGAGCUGCACUUUUGAUUCUAAUGGAGAAUUCUUUGAUUACUCAGUCUAGGCUGAUGCUAUUGGAGUCAUUAUUAAUUUUUUUUAAUCUCCUGGCUGUAUUGUCCUACCUGAAAUUCUCAAAUUCCCAAAAAAACAGCUCAUUUUCUGUGAGCUGGUGGUUUUGGCUAAUAUUGACUGGAGUUUCUUGUUCUUGUGCAGUUGGGGUAAAAUAUAUGGGCCUUUUCACUUAUAUACUGCUACUUACCAUUGCUUCAGUCCAUGCCUGGCACUUGAUUGGAGACCAAGCGUUAUCAAAUGUAGGUAAUAAAAAUCCAUUGGUAUCACACAUUUAUUGGCUAGAAAACAUAGCUUGUGUAUUCUGUCAUUUGCUAGCCAGAGGAGUAGCUUUGUUGAUUGUACCAGCAGUUAUGUAUUUAUCUUUCUUCUAUGUUCAUCUGAUUGUACUAUACCGCUCUGGACCCCAUGAUCAAAUUAUGUCUAGUGCUUUCCAAGCCAGCUUGGAGGGUGGAUUAGCUCGCAUCACACAAGGGCAGCCUCUAGAAGUAGCCUAUGGCUCCCAGAUCACUUUGAGAAAUGUUUUGGGUAAACCCAUGCCCUGCUGGCUUCAUUCACAUAAGAAUACCUACCCUAUCAGGUAUGAGAAUGGCCGAGGCAGCUCCCACCAGCAACAGGUGACCUGUUAUCCAUUCAAAGAUGUCAAUAACUGGUGGAUUGUAAAAGAUCCCGGGAAGCAUCAGUUGGUGGUGAACAAUCCUCCUCGGCCUGUACGACAUGGGGAUAUUGUGCAGCUGGUCCAUGGAAUCACCACUCGUUUCCUCAAUACGCAUGACGUUGCUGCACCUCUGAGUCCACAUUCUCAAGAAAUUUCCUGUUACAUCGACUAUAAUAUUUCCAUGCCAGCACAGAACCUUUGGAGAGUGGAUAUUGUAAACCGUGAGUCAGAUUCAGAUAUAUGGAAGACCAUAUUGUCAGAAGUUCGGUUUGUACACGUGAACACUUCAGCAGUACUGAAGCUGAGUGGGGCAUCAUUACCUGAUUGGGGUUAUCGGCAGCUGGAGAUCAUUGGUGAAAAACUGUCCAGAGGCUAUCACCAGAGUAUGGUAUGGAAUGUAGAAGAACACCGAUAUGGGAAAAGCCAGGAGCAAAAGGAGAGGGAACUGGAGUUGCACUCUCCCACUCAGAUUGACAUCAGCAAAAACCUCAGUUUUAUGGCCAGAUUCACAGAACUACAGUGGAAGAUGCUUACAUUGAGGAGUGAAGAAACCGAACACAAGUACAGCUCCUCACCCCUGGAAUGGCUCAUGCUGGAGACAAAUGUCGCCUACUGGCUACAUCCUAGGACCAGCGCUCAGAUCCACCUACUUGGAAAUGCUUUGACCUGGUCUUCAGCCAACUUCGCCACUUUGGCCUGUGUGCUUCUGUUUUUCUGGUAUCUGCUCAGACGGAGAAGAAAUGUUUGUGACAUCCCUGAAGAUUCCUGGUCAAGCUGGGUAUUAGCUGGGACUGUGUGUUGUGGGGGUUGGGCUGUGAACUACCUCCCCUUCUUUAUGAUGGAGAAGACAUUAUUCCUUUACCACUACCUGCCGGCUCUAACCUUCCAGAUCAUCCUACUCCCAAUUGUGCUGCAGCAUAUGAGUGAGCACCUCUGCAGAUCCCAGCUCCAGAAAAACAUGUUCAACUCCUUAAUUAUAGUAUGGUUUUCCUCUGUGUAUCUGGUUUAUCACACUUUCAGCCCAAUAACCUAUGGGGAUCAAUCUCUUUCAACAAACGAACUCAAGGCCCUUCGUUGGAAGUCUAGCUGGGAUAUCCUGAUCAGAAAACAUUAAUGGAAAAAGAAGAAUAAACUAGUGGAAAUAUGAGAUAGUGGGCUGGAUAAGAUGGAAGAAAUCUUAUUUUGUUUCUUUCACACGCUUGUUUAUUAACAAGCAAAGCUACUUUGAGAUUGAAAGAGCGUCUGUUCUCCAGGAACCGAUGGGUGCCUGGCCUUUAACUAUAGGAAGAAGUAACCGAAAACUUCACAUCUUGUUUAAUUUGUUUCAUUUCACCAAUGAGAAGGCCAUUUAAAAGAUAACUACAUUUUAAGCGAGGACAAGUCUUUUCCUGGAAACUAGAGAGCAGACUGUUUCCACUGACUCAUGUGGCCCGUAACUGAACAAAACUCCCUUUCAUUUAACUGAUUAAUGUAGUCGUACCCUGCAGCCUAAUGGAGAUGAAAUUAGGUAGGCCAAAAGAACUUGAGAGUCCACAAUGACACUAUAGUCCAGGUUUUUAACUAGAAGAGGUUGCUGUGAAUCCUAAGGACUGUUAUCCUCAGUUCCUCCUGUGGCUAGACUCAUACUGCCAUGCAUUCUUCCAAAACCUACUGUACCAGAGAAACAGCUGAGUAUUCAUCUUUGGUAGUAGGACCUUCUAGAAGUCAUUCUUGAAUGAUUCCAUUUUCCCAGUCUGUAUGAUGGGAAGGUAAGUGACUUUGGCUUCAAUUCAGUUCUCUGACUACAAGAUAAAAAAGCCUAUAGCAGCC